UUUUGCUUUAUCUAUGCUUUUUAUUCUUCAUAAUUGAAAUGGAUGUCAAGUUUGACAGUCAUUCUGAUCCUUGCAAUUUGCAUAUAUUAUAAUUCUCUUUAACCGUUGCAGUAAUUUGUAAUUUGUUCUGAGUUUGUUAUAUCCCGACGUCGUGAUAACAAUAUAUUUGAAAGUGUAAAAUACUAUUACCGAAGUAUGGAUGAAGAAGCUGCAACAUUAGAGAGCCAGUUCUGCGAGUUCGCCCGUUUCAUGGACAACAAGAGGGAUGGUUCUACGAUCACUUUGUACCGAUCAGAUUAUUGGAUGCGGCAGAGUAAACUUAUCGAUGACAGGAAGGUCACUAUGAUUGACACCGGAAUCCUUUGGUGGAAGUUCUGUAAAACCGAACUCAACUUUAAUGAAUGGCACGAAUUCUUGACGGAUUUUUGCGAGUACAGAAGUUUAGAUCAAGAAUUUGUAGAGACUACAAUGACUAACUGCGGCAAUCCCGGAGCAUCUGCUGUGAACAUACCGCAGUACAGAGAGUUCUUUGAUACCUACCAACCUAAGGAAAAGUCUAUCUUUUAAUUAUAGAAUAUUUUAAUUACCGUAGACUGUAGAGGAAUUUGUUUAUUUAGUUAGCUUCGCAGAGUUCCAUUGUGUUACAUUAAAAUAAUAAUUAAUUUGAUUAAGUAAUAAUAAUAUUAUGCCGUUAUUAUUUGUGAUUUCUGA